GUCAUUAACUUCUAAAAGAGUUAGAAAAUGGGAGCCCCAAAGAAGUCCAAGAAGUCUAAUGAGUCCAUCAACGCUCGCCUGGCUCUUGUCAUGAAGUCAGGAAAGUAUGUGUUGGGAUACAAGCAGACCUUGAAGACCCUGAGGAACGGAAAGAGUAAGCUUGUGAUUAUCGCUAGCAACACUCCUCCCCUCCGUAAGUCUGAGAUUGAGUACUACGCUAUGCUGGCCAAGACCGGAGUUCAUCAUUAUGUCGGAGAUAACAAUGAACUUGGAACCGCUUGCGGUAAAUACUUCAGAGUGUGCACACUGUCCAUCACAGACCCUGGAGAUUCUGAUAUCAUCCGAACCAUGCCAGGAGCACAGGCCGGGGAAGCUUAAAUCCAUCUCUUUGCUCCGCUGGAUCUAGAACUCAACCGUUCUUAUCCAAUUUAGUAAAUUUGUCUGAAACUAUGAUAUAUUUAAGAUCUCUUAACAUUAUGAUCUAUUUCAG